GCAACCAAAAUACGCAACAAAACGUCAACAAGCAAGCCAUACCGCAAUUUUCUGACUGGCUCCCGCGUCUCCAUGACGAUUAACGACAACUUUGUCUACACCUCGCAGAUCCCAAUGCCCCUUUCCCUUCGUUUUCAUUUGUUCAAAUUCAAAAUCAUAGUUAUCGUCUUCGUAAUACAAACAACCUCUUCUUCUCGCUAAGCCUUUCCAUCUUUCCUUGGCUUAGCGGGAACAUCUUCAUUUCUCAUUAUUUCCUUUCUUUUGAUCCCCUUACUUUAAAGGCUUUGCCUCUCUGCAAUAAUAAUAUUUUCCCACAUUUGUUUUUACCCCUUGUUCUGUAUCUAGUCUGAUCCGUGUUCUGCUUCCGGAGAAUCGUUUUCCCCCCUGGAAUCGAAGAUUUGAUAUUCAAAACCCUAUUCGAUUGAUUAUUUGAGUAAUAAUUGUGUUUAUUUUUAUUCAUCCUUAUUGAUGGAAUCAUCUUCAAAUUGAAUGUACAGUUGUGCAAUUAUGUUGUUUUUCCUUUGAUUGUACUUGGGAACUUUUGUGAAUAUUACUCUUUAACUGGUUCCUUGUUUUAUCCAUGAUUUAUUCAUUUAUGCACUAGCUUGGGUCUUAUAUGCAAAGUCAAUUCCUUUAUAUGCUUUUCUUAAGUCUACCUCCAGGCAUAUCCAAUUGUAAAAAGCCUUGCCUUUCAGAUUUUACUCUUUGAUGCUAUCAUAAAAGGCCAACUUGUACUGUGUAAACUCUUGUAGAGUACCUGAUCUCUUAAGGGUGUCAUUGGCUUGUGAAAAGAGAAAUAUUUACUUUUCAUCUUUUGUUCCAAGGAUGGAUCAUAUAAGUAACGAGGCUAGUGUUGACCCUUUUGCGAUUGGCCCUUCUAGCAUUCUUGGUAGAACAAUUGCUUUCAGGGUUCUCUUCUGCAAGUCUAUCUCACAAUUGAGGUAUCAUAUACUUUUUGUGCUGUCGAAUAUCUUCAAAAGAUUUAGGGGAUUUUGGGCACCCAUUGUGUCAUGGUUGCAUCCGAGAAACCAGGGCAUAUUGGCAAUGAUGACAAUGAUUGCUUUCUUGUUGAAACGGUACACCAGUGUGAAAGUGAGGGCCAAUAUCGCAUAUAAGCGGAAAUUUUGGAGAAAUAUGGUGAGAGCUGCAUUGACCUAUGAGGAGUGGGCUCAUGCAGCCAAGAUGCUUGAUAGAGAGACACAAAAGAUGAAUGAAUCAGAUCUUUAUGAUGUGGAGUUGGUGAGUAACAAGCUUGAAGAACUUCGCCAUCGCCGGCAAGAGGGGUCUCUUAGAGAUAUAAUAUUUUGUAUGCGUGCAGAUCUUAUUAGGAAUCUAGGUAAUAUGUGUAACCCUGAGCUCCACAAAGCUAGGCUUCAGAUGCCAAGACUAAUCAAGGAGUAUAUUGACGAGGUAUCAACUCAGUUGAGAAUGGUCUGCAACUCUGAUUCGGAGGAGCUUGCAUUGGAAGAAAAGCUUUCUUUCAUGCAUGAAACGAGACAUGCAUUUGGGAGGACUGCUUUGUUGUUAAGUGGGGGUGCUUCCCUUGGAGCUUUUCAUGUUGGUGUGGUUAAAACACUGGUUGAACAUAAACUUUUGCCUAGGAUAAUUGCUGGUUCAAGUGUAGGAUCCAUUAUGUGUUCUAUUGUUGCCACUAGGUCUUGGCCUGAGCUUCAAAGCUUUUUUGAGGAUUCAUUGCACUCACUACAGUUUUUUGAUCAAAUGGGUGGGAUUUUUACAGUUGUGAAGAGGGUUACAACAUAUGGCGCAGUUCAUGAGAUCAGACAAUUGCAGAUGUUGUUGAGGCAUCUAACAAGCAAUCUUACAUUUCAAGAAGCAUAUGACAUGACAGGUCGAAUUCUUGGGAUUACAGUUUGUUCCCCAAGAAAGCAUGAACCACCUAGAUGUCUUAACUACUUGACUUCACCUCAUGUUGUAAUAUGGAGCGCAGUUACUGCUUCUUGUGCCUUUCCUGGCCUUUUCGAGGCUCAGGAAUUGAUGGCAAAGGAUAGAAGUGGAGAGAUUGUUCCUUACCAUCCUCCAUUUAAUUUGGGUCCUGAAAAGGGUUCCACUUCAGUGCGCCGUUGGAGGGAUGGUAGCUUGGAGAAUGAUUUACCUAUGAUGCAGUUGAAAGAGUUGUUCAACGUCAAUCACUUUAUAGUUAGUCAGGCCAAUCCUCAUAUUGCACCAUUAUUGAGAUUGAAAGAAUUUGUACGAGCUUAUGGAGGUAAUUUUGCAGCAAAGCUUGCUCAUCUAGCAGAGAUGGAGGUGAAACAUAGAUGUAAUCAGGUACUGGAACUCGGCUUUCCCUUAGGUGGACUUGCCAAACUGUUUGCUCAAGAUUGGGAAGGUGAUGUAACAGUUGUUAUGCCUGCAACUCUUGCUCAGUACUUAAAAAUCAUACAGAACCCUUCUUAUGUAGAGCUUCAAAAGGCAGCUAACCAAGGGAGAAGAUGCACCUGGGAGAAGCUUUCGGCCAUAAAAGCAAAUUGUGGAAUUGAGCUUGCUCUUGAUGAGUCUGUUGCAAUUCUAAAUCAUAUGAGGCGACUCAAAAGAAAUGCUGAGAGAGUUGCUACUGCUUCUCAUGGUCUUCCCAGUACUGUCAAAUUCAGUGGUUCAAGAAGAAUUCCAUCGUGGAACAUCAUUGCACGAGAGAAUUCUACAGGUUCCCUAGAAGACCUUCAUGCUGAUGCUGCUUCCUCAUUGCAUCAAGGUGUUAUUAGUCCCAGUGGAGCAACUGGUAAAAACUGGAAGUCCCAUCGUAUCAUUCAUGAUGCAAGUGACAGUGAAUCUGAAACUGCUGACUUGAAUUCUUGGACCAGAUCCGGUGGGCCUUUGAUGAGAACUACUUCAGCAGAUAUGUUCAUUGACUUUGUCCAGGACUUAGAAUUUCAUAAAGUUAAUACCGAACUAAAUAGAGGCAAGGUGACUCACACUAGUCCUCAUGAUUUUCAGCAUCACAGUUCAAGGCACACAACAGUUAAUAGGUGGUCUGAGAGCACAGAAAACGAUCAGAAAGAAAAUGGCAACAGGAUUGUCAUGAAUGAAUCUAACAUAAUGGUAACUGAAGGUGAUCUUUUACAGCCUGAAAGGAUCCAUAAUGGGAUUGUGUUUAAUGUUGUCAAGAAAGAAAACUUGACACCAAAUAGGAAUCAUGAUUAUAAUAGUUAUAACAAUGAAGUUGCUGAAUGUGUACAAAUUGACUUUCCAGGGAAGGAGGUGGAUGCUGCUAGUUCAGCUUCCUAAAAUGGCGAUGAUGAUUCCACAAUGGUCAGGUCCCUAACUGAAAAACCAGAUUAUAACUCCACAGAUCAUUUUAGCACAAAUUUGGGUAAAGUUUAAAGCAUUGCUGACAGUUAACUCCAAAGAUCAAUUACCUUUAUUCCUUUAUUAACAUUACUUUGGUGCUAUUGCUGUUCAUAUUGUUAUUAGUAUUAGUAUCAAAUCUAGUCAAGGAUCUCUGUAUUAUUUAGUUGACUGGAAUACACCCCAAAAUUUGGGAUGCUCAUGAUUGCUAGGAAGAAAUUUGGUUUUA